AUGAACCGACAGACCAACUUCGUUGUGACGGGCCUGUCGGCUGCAUUUCUUCUCUACACUAGGUCGGCUGGCGUGCUCUACUUCACGCUCGGCGCGCUGCUGUGCUCAGCGACGGUAAAACUCAUCAAACGGGCGAUACGGCAGCCAAGGCCCGUUGUGGAACAUGCGGCAGGCAAACGGAAGGUGAGCUAUGGGAUGCCUAGCACGCACUCUGCUACGAUCAUAUACUAUGCGACCUACAUCCCCCUUGCAUGCGCCAAACUUCCCAUACACCCCAGCCUCCCAGCAAAUUCGUUCGUCACGCGUGUCCUGCCUGUCUUGAUCGCUGUGCCUUACGGGUAUGUUAUUGCUGCGUCGAGGGUAUGGUUAGGCCAUCAUACGUGGAAGCAAGUGGUCGUGGGUGGGUCGUACGGUGCGGCACUGGCCGCGGUUUGGUUCGAACUUUGGAUCCGCGGGGGACACGCGUAUGGGCAGGUUCUGGAGAGGGAGGUGAACGGGUACAUAGACCAGAUCUUUGGGAGGGCCUGA